AAUUCAUUCCAAUUAUUUGAUCUAUUUGUUGCAAAUAGAUUGGUUGUUCUAUCUUUUCGAAAAAAAGUUCGUGAUGUAUUUUGUAAGAAUUACUAUUCCAUAUUAAAAAUAGCGCGGUAAAAUUCGAUCCUUUUUAAUAGAACGUCUUUUUUGGACUUGCCUUUGUAAAAAACGCGGACAACGUCUAAAACGGACACUCAAUAAGACAGACAAUUUUUUUUUCACCAAAUAAAAUUUCGUACUACAAAUUCAUAAAGCGGACUAAAAAAAAUGGAAUAACGACAAAGCAGAACAGAAAAAAUAUUCAUCAAUAUUUUUAUAACUUUAUAACUUUAAUUAUAAUUUUAUAACUUUUUUAUUUACAUUAUGGAAAGCUUUUUGUGCUGCACUGGAAUCUUUCAGAGUCUAUUUUUGUUAUAUAUAAUCCUUUAUACUCAAAUUCAUAGUCUCUUAACUUACGAUCCUCGUAAAGUAAAGCUUGAAAAACCUUUUUCGUUUAAAAUAUUCCUAUAUUUUUAACAAAAUCUCUAUAAAUUGGACGUCUCUGUAAAGCGGACAAUUUUUUUUUCACCGAUGAUGUCCGCUUUUUUCCAUUGUAAGAGUUAUUUUCAGACGUAGUUGUAAGCAUUGCUGUUCCAUUUCAAACAAAUGGCGGGAAAAUUCGAUCUGUUUUAAAAACUGAAAUCAUUUUUCAGAAGUUUUAUUUUUUUAAUAAAAAAGAAUUCAGACGUAGUUGUAAGCAAUAAUAUUCGAUUUAAACAAAUGGCGGGAAAAUUCGAUCCUUUUAAAAGAAAUAAAAUAUGCUUUCAGACGUAGUUGUAAACGUCAUUGUUCCAUUUUAAAACGAUGGCGGGAAAAUUCGAUCUUUUUUCGCAUUCGAAUAUGAGAAAUGGCGGGAGUUUUGGAUCUGAAAAAAAUACAUAAAUUGAAUGCAAAGUUUUCAUUUCGCUAUCACUUGUGGAUUUAAUCAACGCAGAAAAUGGCUGGAAGUCCAAGAAAAGGAAGUCCAAGAAAAGGAAGUCCAAGAAAAGGAAGUCCAAGGAAAGCAUCCUCAAGAGCUGCAAGCCCCAAAAGAGCUGGAAGCCCAAAAAGAGGUGGAAGCCCAAAAAGAGGUCGAAGUCCAGCGAAAAAAGGAAAGGCGAUUAAGAAGGCUGGCAAGAGAAAAACAAACAAGAAAGCCACAGGCAAGAGGCGAAGAAGUCGAAGGGAGAGUUAUGGCAUGUACAUCUACAAAGUUUUGAAACAAGUUCAUCCUGAUGUCGGAAUUUCAAGUAAAGCGAUGAGCAUCAUGAAUUCUUUCGUCAAUGACAUCUUUGAAAGAUUAGCAGGCGAAGCUUCCAAACUUGCUCAUCACAACAAACUACGAACUAUCUCUUCUCGUGAGGUACAAACUUCAGUUCGCUUGUUGUUGCCUGGUGAACUUGCCAAACACGCUGUGAGUGAAGGAACAAAAGCUGUUACCAAGUACACAAGCUCCAGAUAAACAACUCUUUGGAAACAAAACGGCUUUUUUUAAAGCCACAAUUUUGAUAAAAUUCAUUAUGUUGGCUUGCUUCAUAGCUUUAAAGCUGCUAGCUACCUUUAUGAGCAAAAAUCUUCGAAAGUUUGAGCUAUGGUUUGAAAAGAGUUUUUUGGCGCAAGUUGAUUUUCUUCUUGGAAUUUUGUUUGCAAGAGGUUUGCCUUGCAUCGCGUAAUCGCAUAAAGUUUUUGAAUACUUUUAUUAAAUCCAGUGUAUACUUCCGAAAACUCGAGUUUAAGGGACCAAGAAAAUAGGUGCAGUUGAUCUAGGCAUUCGUUAACCUUUUUCCGAAUAAGUGAAAAUAAUUCAAAUUAUAAGGACUUUUUUCUUUACUGAAAAAAAGAGAACAUAUUGUACAUUUUUUUUUCACUUUAUCACGAAAUUUUCUAAUGUCAUUGUUAGUUUAGAAGUAACGCCCCCCAGGAUUUGAACAAGUGGCCUUAAGAACCCUAAAAAUUUAAUAAAAAUUUUUAAGAAAACCUCGAACAUUUUGUAAACCAGUUUGUCAAAACUAUUGUAAAGGACUAUUUCUACUUUUCUGUGGCUGCUAUAUAAGUAUAUUCAUAAAACUUAGCUCCCACUUGUUAAAAUCAAACAAUUCAUAGCAACCGAGACUUUUUCGAACCUAUGGCAUUUCUUUGAUUGGUUUUUCUUCGCAGCGACAGUGGCCAUUGUGUUAACACAAUGAUCCAGAGUUAAACCGCCAGAAGCUUCAACUUAAUUCGAAUAUCAAAUUUGAACAAUGUUUGUAUUACAGUGCAAGGACUUCAUCACGCUUUACUAAACGAAUGUUGUGAUGUGAAAUACAAAGCCCGAUGUCAAAAGUGCAGACCGUGUGUCUUCUUUCCUGAACAAGAAAAAGUGUGACUAGAAAUAUAUUGUAAUUUUAAAAAUAUAUACUAUCCUCGCCUCUUACAUAUAUAUAUAUCUGUUAUUGAAGACCCCAAUUGCUUUUUUUUAACAUGAGAGUAGGAAACUGUUGGUUUUACACGAAUAAGAACAUUUAUCUUUUCAGAUAUCACUGCAUUUCAUCAACCAAAAAAAAUUUACUUUUUGAGAAAAAUCAGGAAAAACAUUUUUCGCGCGUUUUUGACAAAAUCACGAAAGGUAGACCCGCGUUUGUGUGCUUCACGUGAAUUUUAUUUUUUUAAUUUUAUUUCCGACCUCCUCGAACUCUUGAAAAACCAUUAAAAUGACCAUUCGUGAAAUUGACUUCUCGGGCAAAAUUUUAAGUGACUAUUCGUGGUUGUUUUUUUUGUUUACUGUGUGUUUUUUAUUGCAUAUUCUUAACAUUCCUUAUAACUAAAAAUUUUAACUUGAAGAUUCUCAUUAAAGUUCAACUUUUUAAGUUGGCGGUCACACCGUAAAUUGUUUUUAUUGUUUAUUUUCUCUCUUCCCAUCAUCGAUUUUUCACAUGGAUUUAUUUUCGCGAAUUUGUCGUGACUGAGCUGGAAAAUACAAACCAAAUAUCACUCAUUUAUGGAAGAUAAAAUAUUCAAAUUUAGAGAAACCGUAAUGUGAAUCUAAC